UAGGCAUUUAGGAAACCGCACAUUUGGUGGGCCAUUGAAGCAUAGCUAGCUAGCUAUAGUUAGCUAAAAGAAACUCGAUUGUUGAUGUCGAGUUGGCACUUUGGCUUUGAAGUUAGCUAGCGGACUUGUACCUAGGCUUGUAUAUGGGGCAAGAUGACCGUACGAAGAGUCAACAUUGUAAUUCUGGUGCUGAUUGCCAUCGCAUUUCUUAUAAUUGUACACCGAAAUCUUCUGAGCCUGAGUGACUUCUUAAAGAGUGAAAGCACAGAUGCAUUACCUGGUGUGUUGCACCCUUUUGACCCUGACUUUUCCAUCGAUUCUCCACGAAAAUCUGAAGUUGCCAGAACUGGCGAAGAAAUUCCUGUCGUGAUCACGGCACCAGAGGAGAGACUGGGUGCUGUGGUAGCAGCUAUGAACAGCGUAUACCGUAACAGCAAAGCCAACAUUGUUUUCAAUAUUGUGACCAUGAAUAACACAGAAGAUCACCUAAAAACUUGGCUCAGCAAAACUCACUUGAGUGAAGUCAAAUAUAAAAUUAUUCAGUUUGAGCCAAGCAUUGUGAAUGGAAAAAUAUCAAAGGAUCCUCAGAAGGUUGACACUGUGAAGCUGCUGACAUUUGCGAGAUUUUAUAUGCCCAUGUUCGUUCCGGAUGCAGAGAAAGCAAUCUAUCUAGAUGAUGAUGUCAUUGUGCAAGGUGACAUCCAGGAACUAUUUGACACUAACCUCAAGGCAGGGCAUGCAGCUGCAUUCUCUGAUGAUUGUGACUCUGCAUCCUCCAAAGGUAUCAUUCGAGGGGCUGGAAAUCAGAACAACUACAUUGGCUUCUUGGAUUUCAAAAAGGAAGCAAUUAAAAAGCUUGCUAUGCGGGCCAACACAUGCUCUUUCAACCCAGGGGUCUUUGUGGCCAAUCUGACUGAGUGGAAACACCAGAACAUCACCAGCCAGCUGGAGAGAUGGAUGGAACGGAACUUGGAGGAAGACCUCUACAGCAGGGCUCUGGCUGACAGUGUCACCACGCCUCCCUUGUUGAUUGUUUUCUACAAGCGUCACUCCAGCAUUGAUCCAAUGUGGCACGUCCGGCACCUUGGAUUCAGCGGAGCUGGAAAUCGAUACUCCCCCCAGUAUGUCAAAGCUGCCAAACUUCUACAUUGGAAUGGACAUUACAAGCCCUGGGGCAGGACUUCGUCUUUCUCUGAUAUUUGGGACAAGUGGUACAUUCCCGAUCCAACUGGAAGGUUUCACCCCAUCCGAAAACAUACAGAAGACAAGUAAACCUUUGGACUAUAAGCUACACGGUUUCUCUUUUCCUCAGCCUAUUGUUGAAUUCUGAGGAAGGUUUACUUGAUUCAAGAACAUUACACCAUGUGAAAUUCACAGAUUCUUGUGUAGGAUUAUCACACAUUUUCUCAGUUUACUGGUGCAGUACCGAUCAUAUAACUGAAGGUGACCUACUACUGUGCCCCAGGGAAAUAGUUUUUUCUGUGGAUUUCACAGGUUUAGAAGUACUCCAUCAAAAUGUUGACCCUUCUGCUCAUCAGAAACUUAAGGGACAAGGAACAAAAACAGCAGGGUGGAAUUUAAAUAAGAAAUCUGCUUGUUUAAUUUAGCCAUUAUAGUUGUGGAGCUUCUGAUUAGCUAGGAGGGUCAAGGGCCUUUUUAAUUCCAGCCUGUUGCCUAAUGUCUUGCACUUUAUAUUUUUACAUAUGUGGUGUUCAUAGCCGGACCAAGUUUAAUGCAGUUGCUGUCGUAUUGCCAACAUUUUACAAAGAACUAAAAUCAUGCAUGAGAUUUAAUUUAAGCUUUUGUUAUUGCAUUUUGGCAGCUGCUUUGGUGUUAAUGCGGUCACUGAUUAUUAUUAUUAUUUUUUUUUUUUUAUCAUGAAGAUAUAAGGAUCUUGACCACUUGAGCUUUUUCACUUGGGAGUUGUUGAACAUGUUUUUUCAGGGAAAUGUUCCCACUUUGCUAAUGCGCACAGUUGUAUGUUAAAAAAACCCAGAGAAUAUUUUGCAUACUACAGGUAUUUCUGACCAUUGAUUUAAUAUAAAAGAUCUAAUUUUAUUAUCCAUAUGAAACUGCAUUAUGCAUAUGCAUGGUGUAAAUUCUUUCCUAGAAUUUUCAGGAAAGACCGCCUUUGAGGAGUGAUUUUCUCUAUUCUCUGGAACCAUUCCUGGGAAAUCCUGUCUCUGACAUGACCCGGAGGUAACCUUUUUUUAAAAGCUAAAUGUAUGUGCAUAUGCUGUAAAUGAAGUGCUACUGAAAAUGUCUGUCGUUUAUAUAUUAUAUUGCUUGCUUUUUGCCAGAAAAUAAUGUAGUAUUUUCCAAACUAUUGCAGUAUCCAUACGGGCUCAAACACGUUUUACACGGGAACUGGGAACACGGGAAAUAUCCUCAGAAAUCUAAAUGUAGCCUAAUGCUAUGCUAUUGGAUAUGAGGAGAAAGGGGGAAAGGUGGCUGCUUAAAAGGCAGAGGGCAUGAUCUGCCUUUUACAUGUACAUUUUACAUGUACUGUACAUGCAGCAAAAAGGAAACGGGACAUACAUUUGUCAGGGUAUCACCAAACUGCAGCCUGCUCAUAAUGCAUGGUGGACAUGUAGUCUGCCCCUUUACCAAUGUAUGAAUUGACAUUUCAGCCACUCAAAGGUUUUUUUUAAAGGAUUUCCCUGUAAUGUCAGAAGCUGCAAUUAACAAGGUCUAAUUUGGUUGCAUGUGGAAGCAGCUCCUCCUGUAAAUAAUUUAUUAGAUCUUGUAUUUUUUGGAAUUGUACUCUUCAGGGUCAGUCUAUAUGUAUUGGCAAAACAAAACCAAUGUAAGGAUGCUUCUAAGUCUGCCUUGUUGAACUAAAGUUGAAUAAAGACCUGAGUACAUGAA